AUGUUGUCAGUUUUGAAAAGCUGCACCCGGCGGGGUGGUGGCAGCUCUCCGUGUGUAGCCCGGAGCCUUGGCAUGCGGCAAGCCACGGGCUGGCUUUUUCUCCUCCUCCUGGCUCUGGAGUGCCUCUGCUCCGCCUUCGCCCUCUCCACUUGCAAGACUGUGGACAUGGACCUGAUGAAGCGCAAGCGGAUCGAGGCCAUCCGGGGCCAGAUCCUCAGCAAGCUGAAGCUCUCCAGCCCACCUGAGGGGGAAGCGACCGUGACUUUACCAGAGGAGAUAGUGGCACUUUACAACAUCACCACGGAUCUGAUCAAGGAGAAGGUGACGGAAAUGCCUCAGGAAACUCCCCAGGAAGAGUAUUACGCGAAGGAGGUUCACAUGUUCAAGAUGCUGCCUUCCAAUCAUGACAGCUACGGGACACAGUACAAGAGAAACAGCCACAGUAUCUACUUCGGAUUUAACCUGACCCAGAUCCAAGGUACCCUUCAGAUUCCUGACCUUCUCUACCGGGCUGAGCUGAGAAUGCUGCGGGCUUCCGGAUCUGGACAAGUGACUCUGCAGCAGCGGGUGGAGCUUUAUCAGCAACAGUACCUGUCUAUCAACAGCAGUGACUCCUUCUGGGAAUACCUGGAUGGGCGUACAGUCAGGGUGACGGCUGAGAAGGAAUGGCUCUCCUUCGACGUUACCACUGUCCUACGGAUCUGGCUCGGAAGUAACAACCCUCUAGGCAGAUUCCGCCUCAGCUCGCAGUGUUCCUGUGGAGAAAUCGCUGAAGAACUGAAAGUGGACAUAGAAGGCACAAAAACAAAGCGAGGGGACCAGGAAAGCCUGAGCCGCACACAGAAGGUGCCCUACCUGCUGGUGAUGGCGAUGCCACCUGAUCGUGCUGAACAACUACAAAGCCACCGGCACAAGCGAGCUACGGCCGGCAUCCAGUACUGCAGCGAUUUGGCCGAGAAGAACUGUUGCGUGCAGCCUCUUUACAUCGACUUCCGCAAGGAUCUGAACUGGAAGUGGAUUCACAAGCCCAGCGGCUACUAUGCCAACUUCUGCAUGGGGCCAUGCCCCUACCUCUGGAGUUCGGACACUCAGUACAGCAAGGUUCUCUCUCUCUAUACCCAGCACAACCCGUCUGCCUCCGCCUCGCCUUGCUGUGUUCCAGAUCAACUCGAGCCAUUAGGGAUCGUGUAUUAUGUCGGCCGUGGCGCCAAGGUGGAACAGCUCUCAAACAUGGUUGUCAAAUCGUGCCGGUGCAGCUGAGGACAAGGACUCGAUUC